AUGGAUAAAUUUACAAUGCAAAAAAAAAACAAAUUAAUAAUAAUUUGUGUAACCUACCGACCACCUGACACUUCUCUAAAUUGUUUCGAAGAUUUACUUAAGCCAAAUUAUGUUCGGGCUUUAACUUUGAAUAAACAGAUUUUAGUGCUCGGUGACUUAAAUUGCAACAUGCUAGAAAACGGCCAAGAGCGGAGAGCGCUAACAAAUUUUUCUACAGAAUUAAAUCUCUCACAGAUUAUUAAAACUCCAACCAGAAUCACGGCGACGUCCCAAACGCUUAUUGAUGUUAUUCUAGUCUCAUCCACGGCACUAGUUCUUGAGAGUGGUGUUAUUAACACUUCUAUCAGUGACCACUUACCAGUGUACGUCCUACUAAAGUUAAAGGCCCCAAAGAUGCCAGCAUGUUACAUUACAACUAGGAGUUAUAAAAACUAUAAUCCCUCACUAUUUUCCUCUGACCUUGUCACUAAAUCGGAUCGUCUGUUAUCCAUAUUAUCCAACACCAACGUUAAUACAAUACUCGAAACCUUCACAGAUGUUCUUCACUCAACUCUCGACGUGCAUGCACCGUUAAAAACCUUCAAAAUUCGAAAUCGAUCAUGUCCAUAUGUCACCAAUGAAAUAAAAGAACUCAUGAAGUCUCGGGACCUACACCUCCGUCGGUUUCAACUGACACGUGAUGAAGGUGAUUGGAUAGUUUACAAAGAAUAUCGUAAUAACGUAAAAACCAAAAUUAAAGCCGCAGCGAAGGACCACACUUUAACAAAGUAA